GUGAAUCUGGGGCACAUGGGCCACACCAACCAGUCUUUCGCCACCGAGUUUGUCUUCCACCCCUUUUCGUCUGUGUCUACGACACAGCAGCUCCUCUUCGUGCUCUUCCUUCUGCUCUACCUGACCAUCAUCAUCAGCAACGCCUGCAUUCUCUGGGUGGUCUGCACCGACCACACCCUCCACUCCCCCAUGUACUUCUUUCUGGGCAGCCUCUCAGGGCUGGAGGUGUGCUACACCACUGCAGUAGUACCCCAGACGCUGGUCAGUGUCUGGGAUGCCCACACCACCAUCACCGUGGCCAGCUGCGGGGCCCAAAUGUUCUUCUUUGUGGCACUCGGCAGUGCUGACUGCUUCCUGCUGGCAGUCAUGGCCUAUGACCGGUACGUGGCCAUCCGGCACCCGCUGCGCUACGCCCUCAUCGUGACACGACAGCUCUGCCGGUGGCUGGUGGUUGCCUCACUGUGCCUCGGGGGGCUUCUCUCACUGGGGCUGACAGCCCUGGUCUUUGCCUUGCCCUUCUGCGGUCUCCGGAUCAACCACUUCCUGUGCGAUGUGCCACCCGUGCUGCGUCUAGCCUGCGGCGACACGCGCCUCCACCGGACUGCGCUGUUCAGCGUGGGCGUGGCUGUGCUGGCCGUCCCCUUCCUCCUCAUCUGCCUCUCCUACGCCCUCAUCACAGCUGCCGUGCUGCGCAUCCGCUCGGCCGAGGGCCGGCGCCGCGCCUUCCGCACCUGUUCCUCCCACCUGACGGUGGUGCUGCUGCAAUACGGCUGCUGUGGCCUGGUCUACCUGCGCCCCAAGGCCGACUCAACAGAGGAGGAGGACCGACAGAUCGCUCUGAUCUACACCUUUGUCACACCACUGCUCAACCCCCUCAUCUACAGCCUGAGGAACAAGGACAUCAAGCAGGCCCUGAGCAGAGCCAUGAGGCGGGCACUGGCAUCCCAGCCUCGGUGAGGGGCCAGAGGGCCAUGUCUCUGCAACCAGUCCCUGCCCCCCAGACCCAGGCUAUGCCUGUCAGCCCCAUUCCUGCCUCCCCUGCCCCUCUGCAAUGUGGAGUUCCAAUCCAGGUUCCACUCUUAGGCCUGGUCGCUCCAUGCAGCAGAAGCCACCUAUUUCUAUGCCACAGGCAGGAAGGAGGCAGGGAUGCCCGAUUUGGGAGUGGAACGUACGCGGGCUCUGAAAUGCAGCCCUAGUUGCUGCAGUGCAUGAAGUGUAAACCUGUGGAGGCCAAGAGAAAUCAGAGGAUCAAGGUGAAAACGAGCCAUCAGCCUGUGGCUGCUAUAGGGAAGGAGCUCUCUGCCGCCAUCUCUUGGUGAACUGGAGGAAAAGGCACAAUGCCUGACCUCGUUCGCAUGUUUGUUAGCUGCCCUUCCAAUGUGAACAAUUAACUUUGGGGGAUAAGGAUAUGAAAUGUUUUCAUCCUUUCUGUGUGGCAAAAAGACAGUGGGACUGUACUUAGUGUGUACUAACCAAAAUCUCCAUCUGGCACUCCUGGGUAAUGGAAGUGGGGCUACAAUUGGUGUUUUCGUUUGGUUUGUUGAGCAAAUGCAUGUAUGCAUGCAAACAAACAUGCAAGGAUUAUGCCCAAGCCUCAUCUUAGCUCUUUAACUUCUUCUGUGAAUGGGGGAAGGGGUGUGGGUUAGGAUCCUGAGAAUAUGAAUCUACCAUUGUGCUGACAGAUAGUCCUCUGUAGCAAGAUGCCCUUAUUCAGUACCACUAGAGUUAUAACAGCAAUAGCUGUGUUUGGCACUUCAGGCUGCAGAUCUGGCAUUCAGGCUACAAGUGAUGGUGUGGUGUGAGGUGACACAAAGCUAGCAUUGCAGCUAGAAGAGGGUACAUGAUAGAGAGGCAGAGGCAAAUCAUUUCUUCAUAGAAAUCAAGCACCACGCCCCCACCCCCGGGGGCUUGGGAUGGACCUGUCUGACUGCACUCUGGGCUGGACUAUGCUAACCAUGGACUGGAGGGGAAGGGAAGAAAGGGGUGCGUGAAAGGGACAUUUGUCCAUCAGACAGGCACACUGGCCUCUGGGAAAACUGAGGCAAAGGACUACUGCCCAUGAUAUUAUGUUUUACUUACUAUUCACGUAAAUAUACAGUUGAUUUGUUGUGUUUUCCCAAAUCAAUGCUGUGUUCCUUUCCCACUUAAUAACAUUUCCUUGUUUCUAUACACAGACUCAUGGCUCGUGAGAGGGGAAGUGUUGCCUGUUAAGGGCUCACAGGGAAGGGUUUUCCCAGGUUUCUUGUGGGUGCUUGAGCUGGUGUGUUUGUUGAUUUUAAGGGGAACCCUGAGAUAUUUGACCCAGCCCUUUUUGCUGCUGACAACACCUGGCUGAAGGGUCACAAUACACCAGAACCAAGUGAUCAUUGAUUUUCCUGUUC